AUUAGGUAAACUUCACACAAAUCCGGACAGUGACAAGCACCUGGCUAGGAGGAUCUGAUCUGAACAGAGGUUCAGCAAAGGUAUCACAAAAAAUGUCCUGUGACAGCAUCCAAACUUGCUCUAUCUCUAUUACUCUAUCCAGGCUUCGGCUUCCAUCUGCUGUGAUGAAAGAAAAUCAAAGCAAUCGCUGCAACUGUCCAAAGGUCCAAAUGGAUAAACAAGUGACAUGGCAGUCUCUGGCAUGACAUGGCAGUCUCUGCAAUAUCAAGCAUGACAUGGCAGUCUCUGCAAUAUCAAGCAUGAGAAGAAGAACAUCUAGGUCAGAAAGAAGCAUUCAUCGUAAUCAUCUGAACAGUCUGGUUCGCAUCCAGGCCCAGACACAGACUCUUAGAAUAAUCCAGAGCCCUGUUGUAACUACAUGUACAUUACACAAAGAGAAAGACAAGCCAUUCCCUUUGCAAUUCUAGCCUUAAAACAAAACUAAAAAAAAAAAAACAUAUUCCAUUCCAUAAUGAAUUAGAUUUCCCAGCUCAGACUCAACAGAUGACACUGAAAGAUGACCACAUUAUUGUCAAAGCCUCUAGAUGAAGCUACUGGUGCCAGGCAAGGGUCAAAGACACGGUAGUUAAUUAAUGCACAAUGAUAUCAAUAAGGCCAUGAUAAACCUCACCAAAAUAAUGACCUUCUUCCCUUAAAACUAUCACAUAUAGCUACUGAGAUGUUUCCAAUGAAAGCUGUCCAAUGUUUCCAAAGAAAUCCUCUAGUGUAGUAAGAGUUGCAACUUUUCUGUCUGGCAACCUAAAUAAUUUACCUUUAUUAUUAAAUUGUCUGUCUGUCUGGCAUCCUAAAUUAUUUAGCUUUUAUAUGUGUAGUCAUAUUCUACACCUUUCCAGUUAAAUGUCUGUUUAAAAAACGUGGCCAGGUUUAAGUAUUUAUAGUCUUGUUAUUAAUCAUGGCUAACUACUUUAAUACAUUUCCAGACUUUUGGUGGGCAGUGAACACAUUCUAUGCCCUAAAUUGACUAAUCUAUAAUCCAUUUUUAUGCUUUGAAUAGGCUGUUAUUUUAUCUUGGGUAUUCACAAUAUUUGUAAGUUCAUGAGGUAAAAUUGUCAUAGUUUGUUAUAAUUCAGGUCUAAAAAACAUUGUUCAUAAUUCAAAAUAAGAUGCCCUUGAGGAAAGUUUUUCUUUAAAAAAAAAAAAAAAAGUGUCCACACAUAAUCUAUAUUUUAAAGAAGUGGUGAGACAUGGGACUACAUGUGUCAAAUACAACACACAGUAGUGAAAAUUCAUAGAAUUGUAUGGUACAUCUUCAAGAGAGGACAAGGAAUGUGAAUGAGAUAAACAUCUCGCCGCUUGUCGGGCACCCGCACAGCCCCAGCUGCUCCCUCUAUCAUGCGCACGGAGACACGGCCAUUCCAAAGCAAAGAUAAUCAUUAUUGAAGCUAAUAGCCCUUGUCAUCGCUAAGGUGGAUCACAUUUGGGUAAUUUUUCUUAAGCGAGGAGUGAAUACAGACAGAGUCUAUGCGGUGGCUGGAAGAGGUUUUGAGGUGCUGUACACGGUUUUUGAGGUGCUGAUGCGGCCCUGAGAAGAAACGAUGGCGACGGGGAGGUGGCUGCUCUAUGCCGGGCUCUGUCUCUCACUGGUCGCCUUGUUUAUGCUGACAGUGGCUGUCAGUUCCAACCAUUGGUACGAAACCGAUGCGAGGAGAUAUAAGGAGCGCUGUCGAACUUUCUCAAGUCGCAGGAACCCGGGGUUCAUUUACAUCCCGAACCACAGCCUCCCACUGCGCGCCAGCCGAGCCAGGCUCGAUCGCCUUGAAGACAGACCAGCCCUAGUUCGAAAUCGGCGCCAGGUAUUUGCAAUGAGCGCGGCGGAUGAAUGCGGUCGGCGGUAUAAUUCCACCAACAUGGGUCUGUGGAGCAAAUGUUACCGAGUUGGAUUUGACCAGGACAUCGAGGACCUCAUUCAGAAAGGAUCCAUUCAGCGAUGCUCCUUCAUCAGGUAUUACUACUCCUCUUCAACCUCCUCACGGAAGGACCUGUCCUACAACAUCACCAAGAUUAUACAGCAAGAUGACUGGCAUGCCUUGCACCUACGGCGUAUGACGGCGGGCUUCAUGGGCAUGGCCCUGUCCAUCAUCCUCUUUGGCUGGACCAUCGGUGUUCUGGGAUGCUGCUGGGACCAGGGCCUCAUGCACUAUGUGGCCGGUCUGCUCUUUCUCAUGGGAGGCACAUUCUGCAUCAUCUCUCUGUGUACCUGUGUCGCCGGCAUCAACUUUGAGCUCUCGCGCUUCCCUCGCUACCUGUUCAGUCUCCCAGAUGACAUCGGUCACGGCUAUGGCUGGUCCAUGUUCUGUGCCUGGGGAGGCCUGGGCCUCACCCUGAUCGCCGGCUUUUUCUGCACUCUGGCCCCCUCCAUCCAACCACCGCCUCCUCCCCGGACCCACUACCCCAAACCUCGGCCAGAGAACGGCACGCUCUGCUGAGAAGCCAAGCGAGAGAGACAAGGACAUUUUGUGUGACAGUGCUGGAGAGAGACGUUUGUUUGGACCUUGUGCAGGCAGCCAGAAUGAAGCUCUUGAAGGGGAAGAAUGAAGACUUAAAUGGGGUCAAACUUGAUUAAUUCAUCCUUGUGUUAUGUACCGAUAGGCAGGUGGUGGGAUUGAUAUGCACAAAAAAACGAUUUCACCUGAACAGCCCCUAGGGGGAGCUCCUGCCCAGUCUAUGAAAGAAAAACAGCUCUGAGUAUAAAACAGUCUGAACUACAGAUAUGAUCUUUGCACGUACAACAGUGGAAGUACUGUACUAUAAGUGUUUUCUCUUUCCGUGUGUCGUACCUCCUGUUUGCCUACGUGUGUGACAGAAAAAAAAGAAAAACUGGAGAAAACAGCUGUUUCAAGUCUGCCAGAAGUUAAAUGUAUAAUUGACCUAAGCUAUGGAGAAUGUCAAAUCAGUCAUAUUCGAGCAUUCUCAUCCAGUUGUUACCACAACACACAUGCAUUCCAUCAUUAGGUAAUAAAAUUUGUUAUAUAAAAAAAAAAAA